AUGAAUUCGCCAAAUCGCACGUCUCCGAACACGCCGAGCGGCAACCGAGCAUCCCUUCGAGACCUUCUGCGAUCUCGCCAACGGAGCCGUAACGGAGUUCGGGGGAACCCCAAAUCAUGUCUGCCUUGCCGGGAACGAAAGGUCAAGUGCGACAAGAAGCUGCCUUGUUCAACAUGCGACAAACGCGGGCACCCCGACCUGUGCGACUACGAUGACAAGACUUCGCGUCCCUCGCUCGGCGGUGCCACGUCGCCCGCACGUUCUGCACGAGGCACAAUGCAAGUUUCUGGCGGCAGAUCGGAAACGGCUUUUGAUAACCAACAGAUGGAUACGAGCGUUGGCGAUGCGAAUCAGGAGCUGGGGGAUGGAUUGAGCAGCGCACUCCCAACCGAAUCUCUGAGGGUGCAUCGGGCCCCCCGAGCAGCAGCAUCGACAUCUGAUGUAACGGCCAGUGGCGAUGGGAGUCCUCUAUUCCUGGCUGACGCUUCAGUUGUCAAUAUGGCUCGCCGACGCUCAAUCCAAUCCCGAAACGACCCGGCUCGCCAAUCCGCCUUCGAAACUGGCAUCCUGCCUCUCUUGGGCGUCAGCGAAGACACCCAUACGUCGCUACCCUCCUACCAGGCUUUGCCGGGCGACCAAGAAAUCAUCAGACUGUUCGAGCUGUUUCGCCGUCGAGUACAACCCUUUCAUCUCAUCACCUACGACCUGGACAAAGUCGAAGAAAAGAUAUGUCGCCUGGUCAAUGCGAGAAGCGACCCUGACUCGGGAAGCAGUUCUGAUGAUGCUGGUUGGUUAUGCCUUCUUCACGCCAUCUUGGCCGCCGGUGCUCAGUUCUCAGACAUGGGCCUUGAGGACCGAAUUGCGGUGACUCAACGACACACGAAACAGGCUUUCGAUCUGUUGCGAUCCACUGAUUAUCUCGCGAGGCCAUCCAAAGAAGCCGUACAGACACUUCUCCUCCUCGGUAACGUGUUACAGAACGACAUGAAACCGCAAGCUGCCUGGGUUCUUGGAGGAACCACAAUACGCCUGGCACAAUGUCUGGGGCUUCAUCGCAGGAUCGGCCGCCCACCAACCUCCCCAAUGCCAGAUGAAGAGACCCGGCACUUGAGAUUAGCAAUUGUCUGGCAGGACUCGCUCCUUGCCCUCACCUUUGGCCGACCACCAGCAUCGUACGAAAUGGACUUCGAAGAGGACCUGCCUCGACUUGACGACGCCCGCGCCGACGGCCACGGCCUGUCGUAUCUUCAAGCCAUGAGCUGGCUCUGUCACGCCGCUUUGCGCCAUCUAUCCAGCCAAUCAGACGUAUCGGGCCAGUUGUUGUCAACAUUAAACGACAUCAAAGCCAUUGGAGACUCCCUGUCACCCCAUCUGAUCGACCCAAAGAGGAGCAAGACAAUCCCGCAGAUCCAGGAGCACUACGCCUUCGAGCUACACCGACAUUUUGUCAUCUCUACGUUGUGUCGACCUUGCGUCUCCAGCAGUGGAGCGGUUGAACUAGGGGAAAAUGACAAGGCGAUGAUUCUAGAGCAGUUCCAAGAAUCCCUUCGUAAAAGUGCACGAGCUUACAUCCGCUUGAGGUCGAUUGCAGGGCAUGCAAAGCGUUCAUGGGCAUUCAUUCACAACGGUCUCACAUCAGUCCUUCUGCUAAGUCUGAUGCGAGAGACGCGAUACCUUACGGAAACACGGACUCUUCAAGACGAGCUCAUCUCCAGCCUCUCCAAUGAGGAAGGCGAGCCGGACCCGUCCACGGACACUGGUGCCGUAGGUCACCUGUCAGGCACCCUUCAAAAAGCUCUCAAGGCGCUCAAGACUCUGCGGACGCUUGCCGAACGUGAUGCUAGCGGUCAGAACCUAGAGGCUGUUUCCAAUACCAACAGAGCCAUGCCGGACUCCCGAGAUGUUAGACCGGAGACUAUGGAAAGGAGCGGAACGGGCAUCGCAGAACAAGCCAGGUGA